AAUGUCCCUGCAGUGAUACAGAUGAAACCUAUAGAAAACCACCAAAAUCCUAAUGGAAAUGUAACUUCACCCUUCAACACUAUCAAAGCUUGGAAUCAGCUGGAGUCUUUGAAUCAUCAGAACAUUCAAACAUACCAGAGAAAUCCGCACGAGAAGAUUUCAGAAAUAGUAGCUAUUGUCUUAAAACAAAAAUGUGAAGACAUGGCCAACCUGGAGGAUGAUAGAGUUUCUUAUGUCCCACGUGUUUAUGCAAGGGAAGGAGCAUUGGAAAAAAACGAAUCUUCAUGGUCCCUUUUCAUCCUAGAAGAUGACAAAAACAGCCUGCCUGAGGAUUUCCUGGGUGUCUUGGAACCCAGAUUUAUUCCCCUUGCAAAAAUAUGCAGUGAAUGAUUGUCGUUUUGGGCCUCUCCUUAGCAAGAGUUUUCUAAUUUAAUUUAGAAAAUGGGACUUCUUUUUUAUGAUAAAGAAGUGCCCUAGAACAGGGGGUUACAACCUGUGGGCUGCAGCUGUUAGAGUUCCAACAGAUGCCCUAAUUAAAUCAUGAGCCUCGAGCCAAGCUUCAAAAGAAAUGCAGUCAUUUAUUAGGAGCUUCAUGUUGGCACAUACCCAAGUGAAGCCAACUCUGACCCCACGUAAUUUACAACCCCAAUCAUGGCCCUGUUUCCCCUUCCCAGGGUGUAUCAUCAAUCACAUUGGCCAAUGGGCCAAUUUCGUAGGUUGUAGAGCCCACUCCCCUCUGGCUGCUGCAAGUAACCCUGGGAUACAGCCUUAAGAAAGAUAAGUCUGGAAUGUGCAUCUGUCUGUGCUGUUGUGCUGUUUCAUUGAUUUCCCAUCUCCCCUUUCCUAUGGCAACUCGAGAGCAGGCC